UCACUGAUCACACACACGGAGGCUGCACUGAGGUCCGCCACACACAGAUGCUGAGGCAGAUCCCAAAACAUAAUAAUAAUAAUAAUCACAACGAAACCACGAACUAACAACCAUAAGUAUGAACUACGCGUCCGCGAUGCCCACGCAGCGGUCCACGUCGUUCUUCAUCGAGGACAUCUUACUGCACAAGCCCAAGCCGCUCAGAGAGGUCAUCCCCUCGCCGUUCUGCAGCUCCCUGGCCUCCCGGAUGCCCCUGCUGGAGUACGGAUACCCGCUGAUGCCCACCCCGAUCCUGGCGCCGCAUCCGCACCACCCGCUGCACAAGCCGGAGCACCAGUACUUCUUCACGUCUGGGAUGCAGAUGCCGGCCUUGUUCCAGCACCACGCCGAGCUGCCGGGGAAGCACUGCAGGCGCCGGAAGGCCCGGACGGUCUUCUCCGACUCGCAGCUGUCGGGCCUGGAGAAGCGGUUUGAGAUCCAGCGGUACCUGUCCACACCGGAGAGAGUGGAGCUGGCCACGGCGCUCAGCCUGUCCGAGACGCAGGUGAAAACGUGGUUCCAGAACCGGCGCAUGAAGCACAAGAAGCAGCUGCGGAAGGCGCAGGACGAGCGGAAGCCUCCCGGGGACCCGGAGAACUCCGGCGAGAGCGACGGGAACGACAAGGAACGCGCGGAGGAGCCGAAGCGCGGACCGGGCGCGGACUCGUACGCGCUGGUGGAGAACGACGACGAGGACGACGACGACGACGACGUGGACAUCGAGGACGACGUCUGCUCCCCGGAUCACCUACUAUAGUAGGCUGCAGAGUCCGUUUCACACUGGACAUGUACUGUACAUAACACACUCGGUUACUGUUUUACAAAUGAUGGGGGGUCUGCACAAUGCAAUGUACAUAUUUAUUCUAUCAUGCAUUUUCUUUUUUAUAUAAGUGCCCCUUUACCUCUUUGUACAGUCCAUUGUUUUCGUGUUGUUAUGUCUGGGGUAACACAGAGCAUACAAUUAUUAUUAUUAUUAUUUUUAUCAUUAUUAUCACGAAAAAUCUAUAGACACUUGUAUAUUUUCACAUGGACAAUAACAGUCGCCCCCUCAUUCGUAACACCGCCCUUUUGCACUUAUAUUCUAAAGGGACAUUUCCAUUACUUAUUUGUAUCAAUGUUUUUUUUAUGUUCAUGUUUUUUUUUAACGUUCAUGUUUUUAAAAAAACUUUUAUUGUUUGGCAUUUUAUUUGCAAUUCGUUCCCACUGUGGGACGUUUCGUUAACGAAGUUGCACUGUGCUUUAGUAACCGCCGUUUAUAUAUAUAAAUAUAUGUGUGUGUGUAAAUAUGUGUAUAUACAAAGUAGCCUAUAUAAAUAAUGAAUCGCUACUUGGCUCCGUUUAUUCACUCACACCUUGUAUAUGAUUUAUUUUUUUAAUAUACUGUGUGAACAGGGGUGGUUUAGAAAAGAACAUGAAUGAUCACACUUUUUAAUUUGGCAUUAAUGUCGUGUUAUUAUAAGAACGUGCGCAUGUGAUCGUGUCGAUGGCGGGAGUCCGGGCGACUCUGUCCCGGUCCGGUCC